AGUCGGGAGAUGUAAACCCAAUUGAAGUGAUUCAUGCCGCUGCUUCAGUGACAGAUUGGAACGACCUACAACUACACUCCACAGCCAACGUCUUGAUUGCACAAAUCCGUUCACUUCUCCGUUCCAGCCAAUCACCCUGGGAGAAAAUGAAUCUUGUGCCCCCUUCAGUAGCCAAACGGGUCAUUGAUACGCUUCAAUGGGAGGUGGAUUACGCAUCAGAAAUCGACAACUACCGUAGAUGCUGUAUCAGUUGUCUUCAAGCAUUGAGCAGGAUUUAUGCAAUCAUCCCGACAACUUGCUACCUUGCCAAAGAAGCAAUUACGAAAGAUGGCGACCAUCCAAUUUGUGGCAGCGCAUCCUGCGUGAGCAUCUAAGGUUUUUGCAUCACCGACAUACUGAAAUUAUUGUCGAAUAGGAUAUUUGGAGAGGUAACCUUGAGCUAGAGCGCCUG